GCAAGUGAGACCACUUCAAAUCAAACAGUUUAACACUUCCAAGAAACAGCUAAGAGAAGGCAGAGAUGAGCAGACAUCCUCUGGCUGACACUCACACAGUUGCCAUGGACCUACGUAAGCACUGGGAGACCACAGCCGCCAACUGGCACAAGGAAAAGAUGGAGUUACUGGACCAGUUUGACAAUGAAAGAAAAGAAUGGGAGAGUCAGUGGAAGAUCAUGCAGAAGAAGAUUGAAGAGCUUUGCCAGGAAGUAAAGCUGAGAAGGAAAAUGAACACGAAUGAACAUUCUAAGGUCAUUGAUCUUCACCAUGAUCCAGAUAAAAUGGAAUUUCCUCCCAAUCACCUCAACUCAGGACAAUGUGAAUUCAGAGUGCUGAAUCACCAAGAUGAUCCAGAAAAGGAAAAGAAAACACAAAGGAAUUUCCUUGGGGAAGAAAGUCAAGUGUCUCCAGAACAAAAUACACACACAGAAAUCAAAGUGGGGUUUCGGAAUCCUUUGGCCACAGACAGGAAGGCACAUGAGGCCUGGGCUGGGGAGAAGACUUCUAAGGAGAGGAAAGAGUGUUCUGUUGCCCUUAACACAGCUCUUGAAGAACUUGCACAAGUUAGUGAAGAAUUGUGUACCUUUCAAGAGGAAAUCCGAAAGCGUUCUAACCACAGAAGGAUGAAAUCAGAUCAUGUUCUCCAGAAAAUGCCAAAUACAGUCCAUGUGCCUCAUGUGGACCACUUGAUCAGCAAUGGCCAGGGCAUUCUUCCAACCAAUUUGGAGAAUGAGAAGCAGAAAACGAAUCUGAGCUGUGUCGACAGAAUCCAAAACAAUUCUAUGCACAACUGUGGAAUUGAUACAACUGGUUUAGCAAGAAGUGAAACACCACCAACUCCUCCUCCAAGAAGUACCUCUCGAAAUCUCCCCAGCUCAUAUUCUGAACAAGCCCAAAAAAGAUUGAAGGAAAGUUUAUACCACAUGUGGGUGACCCAUGAGCGUCAAGACAAAACAAAUAACAAUCCUUAUUUCUUCUUGAGGCAGGCCCCAUUGUCUCCACACGAAGGAAAGAGUUUGAAAGAUAGUACCACAUUUUCCUCUUGGACACCAGAAGUCAAAAUAGAUAGAAAGCCUCCAGGUAACAAAGACGUUCGACUUAAUUUGUGGUCACGUGACACUGUAUUAGAUAUAAAAGAGAGCCCUUCCAGGCCAUCUCAAAAAAUUAGUUUUACCUCCAGUGGAGCAAAAUUUGAAAAGGUGAUUCCGGAUAACCCUACAAAAUUUCAUCUUGAUCUUCAUGUGAAAAAUGUUCCCUCAGUGACACAGAGGAACCCAGUUACAAGUUACAACUGCAAUUUUGAACCAACUCCAAGGAAUAAAAAGCUUGCUGCAAAGAUCGAUGAGUUUAACAGAACUGUUUUUAGAACAGACAGACGCUGUCAAGCAAUACAGCAAAGUGAAAGCUACACAAAAUCACCUGACAAUCUCAAUACCUGUGAUAUCUCCACUACUCACAGAGCUGACAUAUCAGAAAGUGACAGAGGGACCAGUGUUCUGAAAGCUAGUGACGAUGUUCCUGUGCCCAUGGAAGAUGUGUUCAGUGAUCCCACAAAAGUAUCCUCAGUAGGCCUGGUCAAACAAAUGCAGACACAUGAGAGUCCCAGCAGCUAUCAGCUUAUGUUCCACGAGCAUGAUUGGAGACCAAGCAGUUUUUCUAGCCGGCCAAGGUCAGCUGACCCCAGAUCAAAUUAUGGUGUUGUGGAAAAGCUGCUGAAAACCUAUGAGACAGAGACAAGGUCUGCACUGCAAAACUCAGAAUGCUUCAGGGAUAACUGGACCGAAUGUGGUUCUGAUGAGUUCAUAGCAGUGAAAGCCUCCAAAGGAAAAGGAUUUUCCCGACCUGCUAGACCAGCGAAUCGCCGGCUCCCAUCCAGAUGGGCAUCCAGAUCGCCAUCUGCACCCCCAGCCUUGCGGAGCACUGCCCACAGCUGUAACGCCUCUCUGCAAACAGAAGCCCAGAUGCUCUAGAACUCUAGCUUGGAUUGCUGGAUUACAAAAGUUCUCAAACCUUUUGCCAAGCUGAAUAUUCAGAAUGUUUACAAACAGUUCUAUUCUCUUUGGUAUCUUCUAAGACCACUGGGACAAGCAAUCCUAAAUCCUAACUUUCCAUCAGUCUUCAGUGUUUUUAAUCUAUGGGACAAUUACCUCCCUGUACUUUAAUUUCUUACAUUAGAUUUUUUUUAUUGCCAUUCUCAUUGACUUUCCAAUAUGAUUUAAGUUGACACAGUGUACAAUAUUGUAUAAUUGAACUUUCCUUGCAAAUGCAGAAAACAAGGUUCUGUGCAUGGCCAUGUGUUUGUGGGUGCAUGUGUUGUCAUAGGAAGUAUUCUGGUAUGUAUUUAGGUAAAAAAAAAAUUAUGUGCUAGUGUUGACUUUGAAAUUAUAACAUGUAGACCUAUAUAUUCUUUGUGUUUAUUUUAAAGUUUUGAAAAUAUACAAUCCUAUUUAUAUUUUGCAUACCUUUUAAUAGGUACUCACCUAAGGCAUUUGACAUUAAUGUAUCACUUAAUGACUUUCUUGGCCACCAACUAUAUUGAAAAAUAAGAAUUAUACACAAACCUAACAUUAACAAUUUUCCAGAAAUCAAUCAUAAAUAGCAUUUUAACCCAUAUAAAGAUAGCUGAUACUAUUUAUUUCUUGUUAAAUGAAAAUGUUGCAGGCUUAAUAUGCCAGCCUUCUAGAGCAAGCAUAAGAUGCUCACACAUGCUUUUUUAAUAUACCACCUGGUAGUCUCAUGUGGCUUUAUCUAUAUACUUGACUGCCUUAAUAAUGACAGGACAAAGUAAUGAAUUUAUUUUGUCAUUCUCAAUAACAAACAUUCCUUAAAUGAGAUAAAGAAAGGCAUCAAAUUAUGCUGAAUUUCCCCUUUUGUUAAAAUUGUCCCAAGUUUUCAGUUGUCAGCUUUAUCUGGAAUUCUCUCUCUGUAGAGGUAAGUUGCUUGAUUGCUUUGUUUCUCUGUUUUUUGUUUUCUUUUAUUCAUCUUUUCUAAUCAUUUCCCCAAAAUCAGUAGAUAAAAAAAACUAAUUCACUUUUUUUAUUUUUUAACAAGAAUGAUCAGGAACAAUUUUUUGUUGACAGCUCAAUUAUAUUGUAUUUCUUCUUUCUUAUACUGUGUAAAAAGGCCUUAAAUUGGACAUUGAUAAUAAUAUAAGAAACAGUGCUGUACAUCAAGGGUAUAAUUUGCUUACCCCUGAUACAUGAAAUCUGUACUAAGAAGUGGCCUAGAAGAAGUAGAAGAGUUAAGAUACUUAGAAUCCUACAUAGAUGAUCUUAGAAACAACUUUGCUGUACAUUGUUCUCAUUUAAAAGCAAUUAUAUUACGCAGUCCGUUAAAUAUUAAUUUUACUUCACCCCAAAAUGUUAAGAAAUUCUUUUUGCCAAACAAAACCAGUGGGCUUGCUGCUUAUAGUAUCCUAGCCACUAAGAGGAUUCCACUUUACUAUACCAUUGCCUGAAGUAAAGAAAAUAAUUUUUAAAUCACAGAUUGCCUUAAAAGGCUCGAGACUGUAGCACGGUGAUGGUGAGAUUCAUGGUUUACAGUAAGAAGACUUCUAGGGCUUAAGUGGUAUUAAGUGUCUAGAAUGUGAGUCUGGCACAAAUCACAAAGGUUAUAGAUCCACUUUUCUCAAUCUUGCAUACUUCAGGGACGUUUUCCACCACAGGAGCAUAGCCUAGAUACCAGAAGCUAGUUAUAGUACAUUUUUCCACUAAAGGAGAGAAAACACUGGAGAAGUGGUUCUUUGGGGGCAUGAAAUGAUAACCUAAAACUCUUGGUGUGGUCACAUCUGCUCCUCAGUGUCCCUGAAUUCCAGACAGUCUGGGAAUGAUCUGUAGCACCUGUCUAUGUUCAAAUCAGAAUGUUGAGGUCUCCUUUAAAGAUGGGAAAUUCUGAUCUCAUCCCCAAAAUCAUAAAGAUUUCCAGAGUGGGGAUCUGGGAUUCUUAGAGUCUUUAAUAAAAACAAAACAAAGCAAUAUAUUUGAUGACCACACUGGCUUGGAAGCAGGGACACUGAGGAGAAGCUUAGUGGGUUAGGACUUGAGUAGUGUCUUUGACCACUUGUUGGUUUCCUUUGUUAUCAACAAACAAUUGCCUUGCCAGGCUUCAAAAGCUUAAGCCAAGCCGCCUUUUUCUAUUAUCAUUUGAAUAGACCAAUGAGACCAUUUUAAUACCGCAUAUUAAUGUGAAUAUUAGAACUGAGAAAAAUUAGCAUUUAGUCUGGUUUCUUCAUUAGAAAACUGGAGAAACUAAAACAAAUUGAUUAGUCUAUAUUCUCUUCUAAAGAGGUUUAUAAAUUUUAUGGGAAAAUUUACCAGGGACGUGGAAGUUGUCAAUGAAAAUAUUUUUUGAAUUGUUGUGAUUUUUAACUGUUUUUUUUUUGGGGGGGGUAGACUUUUUUUUUCCUGAAACCUUCAUUUUACCAUCAUCCUUGGGAUUAAGGUCUUUUAACCAUUUACAGGAAUAUUUCAUUAGGAAUAUCUAUUUAGAGAUGUUUUCCCUGGCAGGUUUUGAAAAAAAAAUAAAAGUCUUUUUUCCCCCACAGGGGAUUAUUGAAACUUUUAGCUGAUCUCAGAACCAGAGUACUUG